AUGGCGUCGGCUGAGCUGAUCGUGGCAAAGACGGCGCUCUCGGGGGCCCUCUUUCGCGCCGACCCUCGGCCCUGUUCGCGCGACGACAUCGAGUCCCUGAUCUCCCUGCUCAACGCGACCGUCGCCGAGUGCUCGCCCUCCAAUGUCCAGAGAUGCAAGCAAUGGGCUCUCAACAACCUGGUUCCCUCGUCCUCUCGGAUCGCUCCCUUUGCAAAGUACCUGGUCGCUCUCGCCAAGUCGUUUGGAGGGGAAAAGGAUGUCGCUGCCCUGCCGUCCAAGAGUGGCCGCGUUCCGUCUGCGAGGCGGCGCCGUCUUCAUGUCUUGUACAUUGUGAACGACAUUCUCUACCACGUCAAGCACCGAAAUCACGACGAGGCUUUCGCUCAGAAGCUCGAACCGACGCUCCCAAGUCUUGUCAGAAGCGCCGCCGCCUUCCACAACUGCCCGAGGCAUGUCCGAAAACUCUACGACCUGAUCGACCUGUGGGACAAGAACAAGUACUUUUCGAAAAGCUUCGUAGAACAACUUCGAUCGGCAGUUGACGAAGGCCCGGUGUCUGAGAAGGAGACCCAGAAUGACAAUGAGGCCGACAAUUCGGCCAGCGCCAUCGCUAAAGCUGCCAAGAAUGCGCCUUACGUGAUGCCCUCAAUGCAUGGUGAUCCGUCAACGCCCUGGUACGAUCUGCCAGCGGGGAACUGGCUCCCAGUUCUGGAACCGAACAACACCCGUCCCAUAAACCCGUCCAUGAUCAAACCUCUGGUUUUGGCAAAAGGCCCUGCCGACAGGACCCUCGUAGAGGCUGUCAAAAAACUGCUGCUGGAUGUCGACAAAAUCUAUUCCAAAGAAGCGAAUCUUGACGAGCCCCCGCCCAACAUUGGCCGGUUGGGCGAACGUGUGGAAGUCGAUGAGAUCACCGGGGAGAUCAUAGGGGGUGAGACGUAUUACGGCUGGUCCCGCGCAUUUUGCGAAAAGAUGAAGGCUCGGAAGCGA